GCUCGCGGGAUGGUCGCAGCUGUAUAUCAUGCAUGUGCAGUUCCUCAUGUGAAAUUAAUUUGAUCUUAAAUGGAAAUACAGCAAGUUAACUUUUUUAAACAUCUGUUAAACGAGGAGGAAGUAGAACAACUAAAUUAUUAAGACACAUGGUAGCAACGAGAGGCUAUUGUGCUGGAGUUGGGGCGGCGUCCUUGGGACGAACAAUAAACUGCCUAUGUCUUUGUUGACACAUGGUAUACUAAUGCUGUACGACUGUCCAGCAUAUAGCGUGGGUCGUGAAUUUGUGCUUUCACGCAUGUCGGGUUCUACGCCUCUGUUGCCCUAGCACGUUGUAGGCUGGUGCCGUAACCGCGAUUACCACACUACACAUUCCCCGACUAUGGAGAAGGAUAAUAGAUGAGCCUACAUGCAUUUCGUUUGGAACUCAGCCGUUUUUUCCCUCGUAAAAUCUGCUCUUUUUAGGUGUCAUUAAAAACAAACAAAAUGCGGCAGUUUGUCAAGCUACGGAUGCUGACCACUGCCAUCCUAAUUAUGGUCAUUUGGAUGGUAGUCCUAAGAGGAGGUCCAUCAGUAUAUAAUGCGAUCAGUUCGGCAUUAUCCCCAACAAGUGAAGAUUGGACAGCAUCGUUCAGAAGUGCUGCAUUGUUUGGCAGGGCCAAAUUCGUGCAUACCUUCACCUCCGUCCAAGAUGAAGUUCUGUUCAUAUAUCAGAAAUAUAUGCUGUCAGAUUGGGGUCAUCAACCAGAUUUAGUGGAAGCUCAUCGAGAGGAAGUUUUGCGUUCAUCAGAUUUCACCACAAUAGAUGAUUUCACUUUACACCAGAAGAACACGAAUUCAGCUACACGUCUUCCUUUCUAUUCACCCUUCCUGGACGAGAGCUUGAGGACAUACCAUCCUCAACCAGAACUUCUCAACUAUCUACCAAAGAAGCCGUUUCAUCACAAAGACACUUUGUUUAAAACGUGCAGCGUCGUAGGGAAUGGAGGGUUACUAUUGGACAGUGGCUGUGGAAAAGAAAUAGAUAAAUCAGAUUAUAUACUCAGGUGCAAUAUGGUUCCCGUCAAGAAGUUUGCAUUCGAUGCUGGAGUCAAGACAAAUUUUACCACUAUGAAUCCAAGUAUAAUUGCUACAAGGUACAACACAUUUGCGACGGACGAUGAUGUAUUAGCAUUCCUGAAAGACUUGGAAGAGUUUAACGGCCAGCUGUUUUUACCUUGCAUGUUUGAUCCGAAGAUUUUGAAACUGUGCACGUCCAAAAUCUUACCGGCUCUCAAUCAGGGUCUGCGGGGAGACAGCUUAAAAUAUACCGUCGGAAAUCCUAACCAUUUAUUAGGAAUUAUGAAGACGUGGAAUCCCGCAGGAAUACACUUCAUGUCAUCGGGGUUCUAUCUUGCCCAGACGGCCCUCACCAUGUGCAAGGAGGUGCGCCUCUUCGGCUUCUGGCCCUUCCCCAAGACUGUCUACCCCAUCCCAAGAACUUUAAAGAAUCACUUCUUCGAUGAUAGGAAACAAACCAAUGCCCACAAGUUCAGCAACGAAUUUCAGAUACUAUGGCAGCUGCACAAGGAAGGAAUCCUCAAGCUCCAUACACGCGACUGCGAACGGGACUGAUGAUGAUGAUGAAGAUAAAGAAGAUGAUGAUGAUUUUCACAGGUGUCCGUCAUCUACUGUUGAUUCCAUGCAUGUGUGGAACGCCGAUGCCAAAAGGCUGAUGUUUUUACCCAGGAAAGUUUAUGUAUUUUCUUUAAGUCUCAAGCAACUGUGAGGCUAAUGCUUGGGAAGUUAGUUUGAAAUGUAAGAAUAAUAAGUGACUCGUGUGCUGAGCUUAUACAAAAGCAACUCAAGAAAUUGUCUUGCGUUUCGUCGAGUCAGUAUUCCGACAUUGAGGUAAGCAAGCGCAAUCGCAAAGCACUCGUUGACUGCUUCGAUAUCGCAUUGGUAAGGGAGACAAACAUCCCUACUUUAAUUUAAUUCAUUGAGCAGUUCAAGAUCUUACAGAUCGUUCGAAAGCACUGAAACCUCUUAAUUUUUUAACAACAUUUUGAAUGUCGAAGUUCUGUUCCUUUUUAUUUUUGAUACUAUAAGAGGGAGAACGGUAUAGGUGUUUUGAAAGAACCACAAUUUAUCAUUACAAAUCCUAACCUAAAGUAUUAAUAUAUGUAUCGCGCAUCUACAGUAUUAUAUUUGAGAGACUUUGUUUGUCUGAAAGAGUGCUGUUCGUGCGGCUAAUAGUUUUUAAAAAAAAUAGGGAAAAAAAUUAAUGGGACUUCAGGGCCGUCGUGAAUCUAAGCUAUAACUAUGAUUCUCUCUGUUCUAGUAAUUAACAUUCCACUAUAGGUCGACAAUCAACUUGGAACGAGGCUCAACAAAUUGCCGUGGUUUAUUGGAACACGUAUUUUGACAGACUUUGAUCUUAGGGAAAUAUUUCAUCGGUAUUCCAUUUUUUUUUUAAAGAGAGGCACCGAACGUAAGGUAUCGGGCCAAUGCAGGGAUCAUCCUGAUGAUUUGGCAGACUGCACGAUAACAAGUUCGCCAUCGAUAAUUGCUUCAACAUGUGGAUUUCUUUCACCGUCCAUGUUCUCCCACCAGCUUUGAAAAUGCAAGUGUGAUGUGUAAAUCUCCCAUGUCUCUUGCCGGAUUACCAGAGAUUCUUAACCCAGAAUCGGCAAUUUUUUUUAUAAUGUAUAGUUGACAUUUGCUCUUAUUCUAAACAUUCAACCAGUAACUUCUAGAAUGAGGUAUUUACAUGUAGUUCAUACAAGGGUUAGUAUGUUCAAUAAGUGAGAGGUUUGCGGUAUGGUCAGUAUGUUUUUCUACUUGGAUAAACUUAUUUCUAUUCUAACACUGGAGACUGAGGCUUUCUUAUUGUUCGGAACCAUGGGUAUUUUCGCGUGCUGAAGUAAAUGAGUCUUGAAAUAAUUAUUUUCUUUGAAAAAGAGACCUAUGAUACGAACUGUACGAGGGCAACAUGUUUUCCAUGUAAAUGUGCAUGUAUAUCGAUGUUGUAUAUAACACAUACAUGUACUGAUGUUUUGAAGAAUGCAAUUUUUCAAACUUCAACAACAUAUUUAUUUUGGGAUUAUACUUUGUUCAUUGAGAGGACAUUAAGGUACAGGGCGAGUCAAAAAGAGCGAAACCCAAAUGUCGGGACUAUUUUUUUAGUGACGUUCUGCAUGUAGCACUUCAAAAAUCUAAGAUGUGAAAGCCCAAUGCAUAAGCUUUCUUUUAGUACAAGAAUCAUUCAAAUCACUCAAGUACUUUUCAAGUUACUGAAUGUUGUGAUUGGUUUUCGUUUUGCAGAAAGAACAGUUACCUUUUUGUGAUCCGUGGACAGACCUUUAAAACGGUGGUUGUGUUUAAAAUUUUGUAACUUAAAAAUUACAUGAGUGGUUUGAAUGAUUCUUGUACUAACAGAAAGCUUAUGAAUGGGCCUUUCAUAUCCUAGAUUUUUGGAAGUGCAACAUGCAGAACUUCACUAAAACUAUAGUCCCGACAUUUGGGUUUCGGGUUUUUUUUUACUCACCCUGUACCCUAGUUUGUUCUAGCUCCGUGGACAUGAAGGGCUAAGAGAGGCUGAUGAAAUAGGUUAUUAAAAUAAAGAUGUAGAAAUUAGCAUUUGUAAAAUGAAUGCGAGACUUUGAACUAAGUAAUACAGAUUGAAAGGUCACAAGAAGUCAGUGGGAAUAUUUGUAAGUAUAAAUUGAUAUGUCAUAGUUCUUCAUAUUGUAUGCCUAAUAAGAUUAAACUGAAAUGUUGCCUUGUGAGGGAUGUGACCAAUGUGUGAUAUAAGCGCGUAUAGGUUAGGUUGCGUCACAAAAACCGAAAAUGGUCACAAUGACGUUUAAUUCUGAACGGUGUAUUGUGUCACAGACACCUAGAAAUGAUAAGUGUGUGUUUGAAUUCCCAAAUUAACUUUCUCCGUCAGUAUAUGCCCGUUUGACCAGCACCUUUAUCAUUCGAAUCUUAGAGGUAUUCGAUAGCACAGGUUCAGUAUCAAAAUGUGUCUACACAAAACCGAAGUUGGUCGCAAACGCGCGGCCAAUGAUGACGUUUUGAAACGGCUGAUAUAGUUGUCAAAUGUUAUACUCGAUAGUUGUUGGUAAGUAUCAUCAAUGUUGAAAGCGUUGUCAGAACCACUUUUAUUGUACUUCUGGAUUUAACAUUAACAUUUGUGUAUUGAUGAGGACUUUGUCCCAUACUUAAAAGUUAUGCAAAGAUCAAAUGUGAAAAUCCACAGGUGUGUGAUUGCUUAACUUAAGUAACUAUUAUUUAUAAUGUACUUCACAAUUCAUCAUUCCCAUAAAAAAAAUUAACAGAAAUACACAUGUUAAUUCGUACCAUAACUUAUUUAUUAUGUGAUCAGCAGAGAGGUUUAUGGAAAUUGGGUCCUUUAUCCUGCAAAAAAAGGAACUUGGAAAUAUGUAAUUCGUCCUUUUUUUACUCGGUUGCACAGACCCGAUAUAUCUGGAAUUCGUGUGCUGUGCCAAGUGCUUGGUGAAAUUGUGAAGUUCAAGGUUAUAUCGAAGCUUUGAAAGUGUCUGGUGGGUUUUUUAUCAUGUUUUUAGAAUGUUUAAAUUGUAAGCAGCUUCAGGCGAGAUGGGAUUUUGCAUUCAGAACGUCGCAAUUCACAUUAUCUUCCAAAUCCCAAUCUAUAGGAUUAACUCGCAACAAUCCGAAGUCAUAUCACAUAUCUGAUAUGAGGAUUUGAUUUGGGAUUUGAUACGAGCUAAUCCUUGAUGUAAAUUCACUCGAGUUGGUUUGGGGGACUAGUGUGUAAUUUGUAAUAUCUGUUGUUGGAAUUCACAUCCUAUAACAACCCCGUAAGGUUUUGAAUGCAAAACCACAUCACGCCCAUUUGUAUAUAUAGUCAGUGAGAUUGCCAAGAGGACUUUCAAAUCUUGCCAGUGUGUUAUUGACCGUUUAGUAAAUUACCCAUACAGGCCUGUAGCCCUAAUUCCUAACCCCUUAUUGGACAUGAGUCAGUUGUAAGGUUAACUGUCUGUUCAUAAUUGUAAUACCAAUUAGAUAAUACAGUAGGAAAAAGUCCACUUUCGGAGAAAAGACUCACCCUCACACCAGGCUGCUUGGCUACAGGCCUGUCGUACUUUUUGGACGAGUUGCGUCAAAUUUUAUGAAGUAGUUCUUAGGAAAAAAAUAGUCUUCUAACGGCUGACCAGACAUGAUGUUGUAUGUUUGGUUAUAGACUGGUUAGUAUUUAUGAUAAGGUGCAUGCAUUUUUUAAGUUAAAAACUUUUUAAAAGGAUUUUGAGUAUAACUUAUAAUUAGAGGUUGCCGCUUGUGUUUAUGGUUUUUGUAUGAAUUAAAGUGAUAAUAUUUGGAACAA